AUGAGCACCAAGGUCGUGACUCGCGGCGGCGCCAACGGACUCGGAAGCGAUGAGCCUGAGGAGUGCAGCGAAGAUCAUCAAGCAGCCGGAACACGCGUCUCUGUUGCAGAGGACGUCAGUCCAGCUGCUGUUUUGGAGCGCGCCACUGCGGAUGCCAAGCCACAGAGGCACACUCCCAUCAGACGCAACAAAAGGCCCAGGCAGGCAUCAGCUAGUGACAAGGAUGCAGUCAGUUUAGAGGAUGACAAGAAAGCUGUGGCCAACGGCAGUUCUGAGGCGAUUGAAGAUGGCGAUGAACCCUCCAACAGGAAGAACAGAGAGGUGGCCGGAGGUACAGCAGAGUGCCAAAGAGAAGGGGACAAGGUGAGGUCUUUCAGGCCCUUAGUUAAAGCCCCAAGGCAGGGACCUAAGCCAUCUGCCAAUGCUGAAGACUUGAUGAAAGAGGUGGACAGCAAUUGCUUGAAAAGG